CCCAGCACAGUUCGUCAGAUCGGGGAGUUGCGGGUUGUGAGAGAUUCUAGAGAAAUUCAAAAGUAAACUUUAGAAAAAAGUUCUCGUCCUCCGUGCUAUAUGAUGGCUAUCGUUUAAAAAACUAGUUUGUUUAUGAACACAGUUUGUGGAUAAGAUGAGAUUGUUGAUAAUCGCGUACACUCUCAGCGGAUUCCUUAAUCACAGUCCUAGUGUAAUUAAAGCAACAACUGUCCAUCUGAGAACUUCCACAAUGGCUACAAACAAUGCAACCAUGUCACCUAAUUUAGUGUCAAUCCCGGAAGUUGAAAUCGAUCCUCAAGGAGUUUUUAAGUAUAUUUUAAUGAGGGUCUAUGAUGAUGCUGGAGACGGAACACCAAACAAACUCGUUGUCAGAGGGACCAUAAAAGGAGCCUAUCAUGCUAAGCUUAAGUACCCAGUUUUAUCUGCACCGAUUCUUCGCAACUGUACCUACUCAAUUUUUUAACUCCGAUUACGUUAG